CAACCAGAAACGACCCACAUCGGAGACAAAACGUGUGUCUGGAUGAACUGAGCAGUGGAAGAGCAUUUCUUGUUUACAUUUUUUAACUAGCUAACUUUAGCUAGUUAACAAGUGUAAACAACAUGAUGAUUGAUUAUGGAAAAUGGAAUGUGGUUGCCGACAUUAUUUUUAGUCAAAGGUACUUGACUGGAGAUGAUGGAAGGAUACACUGCUUGUGUUCGAGAGCUUUCGUGCAGGAUCGUGAGUUGUACAGGUCGGACCGUAAAGCCAUCUCUGACCUAACAGAAAGUGGGUUUCAAGAGGCAGCCAUUGAACAGGCAGAGGAUGAAGAGUCGGAGGAGGAUGGACCGAUUAAUGAAGAAGCCCAGCUUAUGGUCAGCAUGGGACUGCCUGUGGAGUUCAUAAGCUCCUCUGCACAGAGGAGAGUUGGGAAAAGGUUAAGGAGGAACAAGGCCAACCACUGGGAAGCUGCCCCUGAGAUCCUAGAUGAAGACCAUCCACAAUCAUUCCAGGCAAAAAAUGAUGAUCCUUGCGUUGAAAGCACCGUGCCAGCAUUCGAUUGUUUGGAUCUCAGUGAGGGGCCGGAGGGUACAGCAGAACCUCCGCCCCCGCAGAGCCAGGACGGUUGGGAAGGCUACUGGAGCCAGCAGGGAGAGGGCCUGUUGUGGCAGGGCUGGUUGGAGAAGCAUCCUCAGUCCUCCAGCCACCCAGUCGAGCCACCGUGGGACUGCCCAGACACUAGGAAGGCAUGGGAGCAACACUCCAGGGACACCUACCUCUAUUACUGGGAGCAGUUCAGUUACUGGUCAGCCCAAGGCUGGACCGCAGAAUGCACCAGUAGUGCGUCCUUUGAAACGGGUGAGUCUGGGCAUGCCGGUGAAACGGAGGGAGGGGACCUGCUGCAGUCUCCCUGUCUUGAAGCGCGGGAGUCGGAGGCGUGCACCAGUGACGUGGUCGACCUGCUCGGGCAGAUCAGCCUCCUGUCAGGCGGAGCUGGUUCGCGUGAUUUGAAUGGGCAGCAACCGGGCCAUGUCUACGGAAAUGACCCUGAACCUUGCGAUGGCGGUAAUCGCAAAAGAGCUUCCUCCUCAAACACCAAGUGCACUGAAUCAACAGGUUCCACACAGAUUGGGUGUCCCCAGAAAAACACCAAGGGAUUAGGUGAGCGUAGAGCAUCUAAUAGUGACGAUGAUGGCGAUGACCCUGAUAGAAGAGUCCUUAAAGUUAAGCGAAGUCAUGAACUGGAUUUGGAGGAGAACCCUCAGAUGUCGGCCGACGAAGCCUGGGAUAAACUGGGCUUAAAGCGCAGCCAUGACCCCAUGUUUGAGAGUGUGCUAAAGUUUAAGCCCCUCCCCGGUGACCGGCAUGCUGGGAAGGCUGGGCGGAAUACGAUGAAGCGCGGAAGUGGGAGAGCAGCUUGUCACAUCAACAAGCACACCUUCUUCACCGAGGAGGACGAUGGAGCAGAGCCCAAGAUUAGCAAGACCCUUCACAAAGUCCAGAGUUUCUUGCAGAGGGUUCAGAAAGGGGACAUGGCACGCACGGCCGUGCCAGGCGCCUCCGUCGAGCGGCCACUUGAGCCCGGGGAGCAGACGGACAGGUUCGGCCCCGCUUGUCCACGGCUUGAGGGAACGGGGGACCGGCUGGAGGAACGGGUUGGGGGGGUGAACGAAAACACAGCUGUGGAGUCAGACGCUACCGCGGCGCUACGUCCACCUUCCCAUCAGAACCUCUUUACCGGAACUGAGGAGGAGGAGGAGGAGGAAGAGGCGAUUCAGUUCAGAAGGGAGGUGUACUCCCUAGAGAUACCGGACUGCCUAGUUCCUGAAGCUGGUGACGAUAACAAUUUGGAGGGUCUCGGGAAAGCUGGGAAGAAAAAGAACAAGAAGAAGACUAAGAAAAGAGGAAAAUGUGGAGUGAUGCCAGCUGAGAUCGCAGCAGACCCUGACCUGGCUAAGUACUGGGCACAGCGCUAUCGCCUCUUCUCAAGGUUCGACGAGGGCAUCAAACUGGACCACGAGGGCUGGUUCUCUGUCACCCCAGAGAAGAUAGCAGAGCACAUUGCACUGAGAGUCCAGGAGAGUUUCCACUCUGAACUCAUCAUAGACGCCUUCUGUGGCGUCGGAGGAAAUGCAAUCCAGUUCGCCCUGACUGGAAAGAGAGUGCUGGCGAUUGACAUCGACCCGGUGCGCCUGGCCCUGGCCCAGCACAACGCUCGCGUCUACAACGUGGCUGAGCGCAUCGACUUUGUGCAGGGAGACUUCCUGCGGCUGGCACCGCGUCUGCAGGCGGAUGUGGUCUUCCUCAGCCCCCCCUGGGGUGGCCCCGACUACCUCAGCGCAGACGUGUUCGAUAUCGAGACCAUGAUGGCUCCAGAUGGUUUUGAAAUUUUCAGGUUGUCCAAAAUGAUAUCCAGUAAUAUUGUGUACUUCCUCCCAAGAAACGCUGACAUGGAUCAAAUCGCUUCUCUUGCUGGGCCUGGUGGGAGAGUAGAAGUUGAGCAGAAUUUUCUCAAUAACAAGUUGAAGACCAUAACAGCAUAUUUUGGCAAUCUGGUUAAGUCGGGUCACUAGUUUGAAAUGGCCCACUGUUAAUCAUGAUGUCCUUUUCAGAGCUCAGUUGUUUUAGUGUUAAACAGGUUUGCCAUGUAAUGUUGUUUUUACGUUUUGAUGUUAUGUAUCCAGUCUGAUCUCUAACUUUCUUCCAAAUGAAUACUGAUCCAUACAUGUUGGUAUCCUUGAAUUGUCUGAGGGAGUAGAGUUUCAUUUUCAAACUGUCUCUCUUUAAUAUUUUACCAAUGUGGUAUGUUUUAUUGUUUUUAUUUCCCCAAAACAAAUGUUCUUGCAUUGUCUAUUUUUGUAUUAAAGCUAACCAUCCCAUCUUA